AUGGAGACUUGUUUUGCUAAAAAUGUCAUUUUUGUUUGGGUUUUGGCUUUCAUCGCUUUAUCCCCUUUGGCUUGUGUUAAAGCUGGAUGCACCAAAGAACAGACGAGAGCUCUCUUGGAGAUCAAAAACGCCACAAAUUCUUCUUACCUUGCGGGCUGGGACGGAAGGGAUUGUUGUGAAGCGAAAGGAAUCAUUUGUGAUGGUAUUACUGGACGAGUUCUCUCAAUAUAUUUGAAAGGGCACUACUACGAUUCAUCAAGAAGUACAUGGUAUCCAAAUGUAACCUUGUUCACCUUAUUUGAUGAACUGGAAGUACUCUCACUUGGUAGCAUGCAUAUUGGAGGAAGGCUUGAAGGUUUUUGUGAACUGAAGCGAUUAAAAUAUCUCAAGUUUUUGAAUCUUGAUAAUAAUAUAUUGGAAGGUGUUAUCCCCUCUUGUCUUGGGAUGAUUGGAAACCUUGAAGGACUUUAUCUAUCAAAUAAUAAUCUUUCUGGUAAUCUAUCUCCAUCAAUAUUCUCCAAUCAAAGCAAGAUUCAGGUGUUCGAUGUUUCGGUCAAUCAAUUAAAUGGGGUUUUACCAUUUUCUACUUUUGCCAAUGCUUCAAGUCUCCAAUACCUUCUUCUUUGGAAUAAUCGCUUUCAUGGUAAUCUACCUCCAUCAAUAUUCUCCAAACAAAACAAGAUUCAGUGGUUUGAUGUUUCGGGCAAUCAAUUAGAUGGGGUUUUAUCAUUUUCUACUUUUGCCAAUGUUUCAAGUCUCCGGUACCUUGAUCUUUCAAGGAAUCAAUUUCGUGGUAAUCUACCUCCAUCAAUAUUCUCCAAACAAAACAAGAUUCAAUGGUUUGAUGUUUCGGACAAUCAAUUAGAUGGGGUUUUAUCAUUUUCUACUUUUGCCAAUGUUUCAAGUCUCCGGUACCUUGAUCUUUCAAGGAAUCAAUUUCGUGGUAAUCUACCUCCAUCAAUAUUCUCCAAACAAAACAAGAUUCAAUGGUUUGAUGUUUCGGACAAUCAAUUAGAUGGGGUUUUAUCAUUUUCUACUUUUGCCAAUGCUUCAAGUCUCAAAAUACUUGAUCUUUCAAGCAACUACAAUUUGGAAAUUGAAACUGAAUCUCCCUCAUGGGUUCCAACCUUUCAGCUAAAUUAUCUGAACUUGGCGAAUUGUAGCCUCAACAAAAAGAAUGGUCACGUUUUCCCAAGCUUUAUCACCACCCAAGUUGCCUUGGAAUCGCUAAACUUGUCUCACAACUUAGUACAGGGAAGCAUACCUUGUCAGUUGCUAUUCAACACGAGUAUCGAAGGUUUAUCGUUGAGAAGUAACAAAAUUGAUGGUUCACUUUUUCUUGGUUGCUUUGCUAAUCGAACUUCAUCACUUCGAUUCUUCGACAUGUCAGAUAAUAAUGUCAAAGGUUCUCUUCCCGAAAAUAUUGGACAUCUUCUUCCAAACUUAUCACAUGUUGACAUGUCCUCAAAUGCAUUAGAGGGCAUUAUUCCUUGGUCUUUUGGUAAUCUAUCUUUUGAAGCAUUAGACCUUUCUAAUAACAAGCUCUCAGGGACUAUACCGCAAAGUUUGACUAGAAAUGGCACCCUACUGGUAUAUCUAAAUCUAUCAAACAAUACAUUGGAAGGAGAAAUGCUCCCAAGGGACGCCAACAUGACAAGCUUGGAGUGCUUGCAACUCGGCGGCAAUCAAUUUCAAGGAAUGAUCUCACCCGCAAUAUCAAACAGCCCCUCUCUGGUAAUCCUAGAUAUUCGAAACAAUAACUUGUCUGGUAAUAUUCCAAAGUGGUUGUAUGAUCAUCCUCGCUUGGUGCAAGUUCUUUUAAGUGGAAAUCGCUUUGAAGGUCACCUACUCCGAAGAAUGUGUCAAAUGGAAAGUUUGCAAGUUUUCGAUAUCUCUGAUAAUCAUAUUUCGGGAGGUAUUCCCUCCUGCCUUGAUAACAUUAUAUUAUGGAAGAAGAGUUCUUCAAGCUCUAAUGGCUCAAACUCUUUCAUGGAAAAGGGUCCACUGUUUUCCCUGGCACAUCCAGCGAAACUAGAGCCUAAAUUCGAAAUUAAAACGGACUUGCGAGUAAAACGCGAGGUACAAGCUUACAAAGGUAUCCCACUCUCAAUGAUGACUAUAAUUGACAUGUCAUCAAACCAAUUGACAGGUAACAUUCCUUUUGAAAUGGGAGAAUUGUCGCAGCUUCGGUCCUUGAACUUGUCGAAUAAUUUUCUAACUGGCCCGAUUCCAAGUUCUUUUCAAAACUUGAAAAACAUGGAGAGCUUGGAUCUUUCCCACAACAAAUUGAGUGGGAGAAUCCCUUCUGAAUUUGUUGAAAUGACUUCUCUAUCAGUAUUUAGUGUUGCCUAUAACAAUCUUUCUGGAAGAGUCCCAUUUGAGCGGCAGUUCUCAACUUUCGAGUCGCAAUGCUAUGAUGGAAAUCCAGAUCUAUGUGGAGACCCUUUGCCGAGAAACUGCUCAACUACAAACCAACUUGAACCUGGACAUGAGGAAGAAAAGGAAGAGACUAGAAUAAUCGAUAGCCCUUUAUUCUUCUAUGCAUUUGUUGCUGUCUCUUAUGCAUUCGGAUUUUGGGUUUUCUUUGGGAUCCUAAUCAUUAAGAAGAAUUGGAGGCAUAUCUAUUUUAGAGCUGUUGAUAGAAUUAUUGAGUCAUGUUUUGAAAUGCUCUAUCGGUGAU